AUGGCGGAGUUGCUCAACGAUUACGAUGUACACACUCGUGUUAUGGCAAUGCGGGAACGCGUAAGACGGCGUGACCCUGCGCAACGGGAAUUUCUACAGGCGUUCGAUGAGGUUGUGGAGUCGUUGAUGCCUGUUUUCAAGCAGAAUGUGCGAUACAUCGAUGUGCUCGAACACAUCGCCGAGCCUGAACGGAUUAUUGUUUUCCGAGUUCCUUGGACAAAUGAUGCAGGACAAAAGGUAUACAACCGCGGAUUCCGUGUGCAAUUCAGCUCCGUUCUUGGUCCUUACAAGGGUGGAAUCCGCUUCCAUCCGUCAGUCAACAUGAGCGUCCUGAAAUUCCUGGGCUUCGAACAAAUCUUCAAGAACAGUCUUACGACCUUCAAUCUGGGAGGCGGUAAGGGUGGAUCCGACUUCGAUCCAAGCGGAAAGUCGGAGAACGAGAUCCGAGCAUUCUGUCAGUCGUUCAUGACAGAACUUCAGAAGCACAUAGGCCCCAACACUGACGUGCCGGCGGGCGACAUUGGAGUUGGAGGACGUGAGAUAGGUUACAUGUUCGGACAGUACCGCAGGUUGCGGAACACGUUUGAUGGCGCGCUUACCGGGAAAGGCUACGAAUGGGGAGGCUCCAACAUUAGACCGGAAGCAACGGGAUACGGAGCUGUGUACUUCGCCAGUGCUGUGCUGGAGGACAGAUUCGGGAUGAGCAUCUCCGGCAGGCGAUGCAUCGUUAGCGGCAGUGGCAACGUUGCGCAGUACGCCGCGGAAAAACUAAUUGAGCUCGGUGCAGUAGUGCUGACUCUCAGCGACUCCAGCGGGUUUCUGCACGAACCAGAAGGGUUCACAAAGGAACAGCUGCAGGUGGUCAUGCAACUCAAGAACCCGGCCCGCAAGCGACUGAGCGAGUACCUCCAGUUCUCCAAAACGGCGUCCUUUCAUCCCAACGAAAAACCAUGGGGAGUACCAGCGGAAAUCGCGUUCCCUUGUGCCAUGGAAAACGAAAUCGUCGUUGAAGACGCUCUCCGCCUAGUAGACGGCAACGUGAAGCUAGUGGUGGAGGGCGCCAACAUGCCGACGCACAACGAUGCUGUAAAGCUACUAAAGGAACGAGGAGUCGUUGUAUGUCCGGGCAAAGCAGCUAAUGCAGGAGGAGUGCUAGUCAGCGGACUUGAGAUGUCGCAAAACAGUCAACGAGUUAGGUGGACGCGCGAGGAAGUUGACACGCAGUUGCGCAACACCAUGCAAAAAAUAUAUGUCCAGUGUAAGGAUGCUUGCAUGCAGUACAAUGUAGAAAACGACAUAGUGGCAGGGGCCAAUAUUGCAGGGUUCCUCAGGGUCGCAAAUGCCUUCAUUGAACAGGGCUACAAUUAA